AUGAAAAAAAAGCAAAAAAAAUGUAAAAUUAUUAGAUUUAAACUUAUUUUAUUUGAAAGUUCUUCUAAUUUUAGCGAUGAAGAUUAUUCAUCUAAUUCUAGUAAUGACUUUGAAAAAUUUUAUAAACAAAGAUUAAAUAAACUUGGAAAAUUAGAAUUAAUAAAAAAAGAAAAAAAAAUCAAGCUUGAAUUAUUACAAGCCACUAAAUAUAGAAAAUAUGGUCUAUCUGGUAAAUUUACAUUAGCAACAGUUGGAACUAAAACUCUCAAUCAUUUUUUUACAUAUAAAAAACAAAAAUUUAGUUCAGAAAACAUUGAAAACAAAUACUUAGUUGGUGAAAGUAAUGCACUAGGUAGUGGUAUAUCUAGUAGUGAUACAUCUGAUAAUAAUAUAUUUGAAAAUAGCAUAUCAGACAAUAAUAAUUCAUUAGAUGAUAAUAUAUCUGAUGGUGGUGAUUAUAAUUUUUUCGAUAAUAAUAAUAGUGAUAGGGAUAGUGAGUUUAGUUCUAAUAAUGAUGAUGAUGGUAGUAGUGGUUAUAUAUUUGAUUCUUUUGAUAAUGGUAUUUCUGAUCAAAAAAAAAAUAAUUAG